GCUGGCCCCUCAUCAGAGCUCACACACACUGCUCUGGCUUCAGCACCAAGAGGAGGACAGCUCCUUCCUCUCCCCAGCCCUGCUCCUGCCCAAACUCUCCUCUGAGCCCCGGCUCUCCCCAGCUGUGUCCCUUUAUUACUCCCCAGCUGCCUCUCAUUUUCCUUUAUGACCCAACUGUUCUUUUUGGGGUUUUUUUUCUAUACAAAGUAUCAGCUUUGCCAAAGUUGCUUGCUGCAUGCUUGGUCCCAUCUCCCUGUGGUCUCUCUCAUUCACGCUGGGUUUUAAAUGUAUUGCAAAUAUUAGGUCAUCUCUGACAAUCUACAUUCCUUGCCCAACGUUCUACUCUACGUGGUAGGUCCACCAACCCUCCAUGACUGCUGAUAUCUCCAGGUCCUUCACCUAGCCUGGUUUGGAUAGUGUCCCAUCUCUGCCCACUGUCUCACUCCUACUACCACCCAAGUACCUGGUAUCUCUGAACCCAUCUAUUGUAUACCAAGACCAAAGGAACUACAAGAUCAGACCUUCCUGACUGGCUCCAGGGAGAAAUCCGGUGAAAUGUUUUAUUUCCAUUGCCCACCGCAGCUGGAAGGGUCUGCUCCCUUUGGGGGUCACUCGGCAGCCGAGUUUGAUGAUGGCUUUCUUCGGAGGAAACAGAGAAGAAAUCGAACCACUUUCACACUGCAACAGCUGGAAGCCUUAGAAGCAGUAUUCGCUCAGACACAUUAUCCCGAUGUGUUCACCAGAGAAGAGCUGGCCAUGAAAAUUAACCUGACAGAAGCUAGAGUACAGGUUUGGUUCCAGAAUCGGAGGGCAAAGUGGAGAAAAACUGAACGUGGCAGUUGUGACCAAGAAGGAGGAAAGGAAACUAAUUCAGAGGUGACCUCUCCAAGCAGGAAUCUUAGCUCACCUUCUGCUGGAGAGCCUCCGAGGUCCAAGAAGGACAGCCUGGAUUCACAGCAAAGAUCAGUGGGUCCAGCCACGUCUUUCUUUCCAUCCUGCUUGCCUGGAGCCAUCCUAAACACAGCCAGCUACGCCCAAGCUCUGUCGCAUGUGGCUUCACUAAAAGGUGGGCCCCUAUGCUCUUGUUGUGUGUCUGAUCCUCUGGCUCUUUCCUUCCUACCUCCGUACAGCUGCCAGAGUCAUCGCACAGCCAGUGUGGCGGCCCUUCGAAUGAAGGCGCGAGAGCACUCUGAAGCUGUGCUGCAAUCUGCACAACUUCUGCCCCCUGCAGGGAGCAGCUCAGGGGCCCCAACAACUACACCUCAUGAGGGUGGUCAAGAGAGAGCUCCACAGGGGCAAGAACAGAGUGACAACAAUGAAAAGAACGUAUGAGGAAAUUGCACGGAUGUACAUUGUAUGUGGGGAUAAUAAGCUGGGAACUUUGGCCUACGAAGCCAAUAAGUGAUACCACCACGUGCACCCUCCAGCAACUGGACCAAGCUAGCUAUGUUUCAAACGAUCUCACCACUGCUUGUUUACACAGAGAUGGCUGACUCAUUCCAGGCUUUACGGAAAAACUUUCAAUCUUGGUUGCCCGAGUUUUGUGUUGAGCAUAAUUUAUGGAAACUAGUUCGACAAAUUUAGCCAAGGACUAUUUAACCGACAUGGGGUGGGGUGUUGGCUCGGAUGCAUCAAGUUUAUAUAAACAGCGGACCCACAGGGAUUUGGAUGACGUCAAUAUGACUCAAGACGACUGUAGCAAGGAGUGAGAUAAACAAACUCUUAUCUCACCACAAGUCAAUCACAGGGUAGUACGUUUGUCCAUGCAGACCAAAUAUCAGUAUUGGAAAAAAUAAAUAAAAAAUAAGAAAACAUCCUUAAUGGAAACAAAGUCUGAUGGAAUGAGAUUCAGCAAGCCCUAUUUAUUCAGUAUAUUUAUGUAUUUAUUUUCUCAUAGGAGGAGACUCAUUUUGCGUUGGGUAUUACAAAAGACAUGAUUAACCCUCUCCAUCACGUAAAACUUUAAACCAUAAACCCUAAAGUCAGUAUUGCAACCAAACAGCAAUCCUUUGCCUCAACAGCAUCUUUGCUUCUAAAGGCCACAUUACCAUCUACGCAUUGACUGCUUCCUUAUCACGUAUAAAAGCUUAUAUGAAUAUAUUUGCAGAGCAUGGCUCCAGCAGUCCCCUAGCUUCUGUAAGGCAACAUGUGAUUACAGAGGCAAUGUGAUUCUCUUGGAUGAAAUUCUGCCUGAAACAAAGGGCUUGUGAUGACAGUGACCCCCUCCUUUAAUUCAUGCUGAGUUCUUUCUAAUAUCGUAUAUUUACUUCUAUAUGCUUUCUGUAAGGUGAGGUGCCAACCCCAAGUCUGCCAGCAGAGGGAGCUGCUUACCUAAGUUAUUAUCUUUUUGAGCCAACUCCAUGCAAGAGGUCACAUGACUCCAAUUAAAAUAAAACCUAAAAAAAAGGAUGCUACUUUUAACAAAGAUCUCUUUAAAAGCCAAAAUCUGAGGCUAUUUGGUUCUUUCAAGUCUGUGUUGAUAUUCUUUUAAAUUGAAGUACAAUAGUCAAGCCCUUUCCGGUGUUGGAGGUGAAGGGUUUAAGAUUGCAAACUUGUAUUUAGCAGCUGUAAGACUGUGCGCCAUUAUAGAUAUAAAACUAUUUAAUGCAGAUUAUUUAUUCAUCACUUGCAAAAUUCCUUGAUCAGAUUCCCUAUUUUCUUUAUGGGGAGGACAUAAUAUACACUGAAAUACAAACUUAUUUUACUUUUCUAAACAUUUUUGGUGUUAGAAAUAUUUCCCUUGAUGGAAUAAUAUAUGCACCUGUUGAUGUGGAGAAUAGAUAAUGCUAUCUAUGAUUGGUUCCUUUUGAAUCUCUUCACAUGCUUUGUAUACAGUGGCACAAUGGCUUAUAUAACUGAAAGUGAGAUAGUCAGGCUGCGCAUGCAUGCAAUCCCUGUGCUUUUCACUUGAUCAGUAUUCAAAAGAAUGGAACCCAGUGAGCUCCAAACAUGCAGAUGCCACGUGAACCUGUAAAAUCCUCUU